GAUCUUCAGAGCUAGAGACACGUCAAGCGGACCGUUCCGAAAGCGGGCUGAUUCAUCUCCUUGUCCAAGCUUAUCACCACGACGACCACGUUGAUGGGGCGCGCGAAGGAAAAGGGCCUUUUCUUGGCCUGCACCCCUGCCACGAUUCCACUGAUCCAAGCAGGCCUAGCUAGGGUCCCAUUCUAUCGCCGAGACGUACCGACUGCUCCCCGGUCAGCACCAGAGCUAUAAAGACCGGCCGGGAAGAGCAGGGUCCCCUGCCUCUGACAUAGGCACAGAUAGACACAACACAGUACCAGCUACUCAUAUCUAACUUACGUUCCCAACCAAAAAUGCUCUCGUCCGCGAUCCUCCUGGCCUCCGGGCUCGUCUCCAUGGCCUUCGGCUCGGCCCUUCCCCUGGAGAAGCGGGCCAACAACGGUGUCUACCUCGCCAACUGCGUGACCAGAGGCACGACAAGCUACAGCGAGAUGAGCUACUACAACAACGCCCGAUCCGGCUCCCAGAACGGCCAGCUACCCGACGACAUCGCAUGGCCGUCCACGACGAACGGCGUCCCCAACGUCGUCACUUGGGAGGGCCACCAGCGGUGCGGCACCUACUCCGAUACGGGCGCGACUUUCUGCUCGCUUAUUGCCAAUGGGGCUCAGAGCCUGUCUACCGGGCAGUACGCUGGCUCGGGCUCGAACAGCUAUGGCGCUACCUUUUCCUGCUACAAGGACAACAAUCGUGUCUUGUACAACGUGCCGGAAGGAGCCCAGCUUCAGCACACGUGCUACUCCAUCUACUACUGCUUCCAGAAUUAGAGAGGGAUUCUCGUUGGACCGAAGAAUUGCCUCGACAGCCUUGGCAGAAAGGG